ACAACCGGUGCACAAAGGAAGUCUUUGAAAACUCCAGACAAUGUUAACCCAGAACACUAUGUACAUUGAACUUUGGACUUGUAACUUAAUCCAAAGAGAGACAUUUCGACAAAAGAUGAGAAACAGCUGCACAAAUUAAGCCUAGAUGAUGGGAUUCUCCUUCUGGAAGAGCUACCCAACCCUCACAUUCAUCCUAUACCUUCUUGCUCUGCCUUGUUGCCAUGGCAGCAAGAUUCUGGUGUUCCCGGUGGACUGCAGCCAUUGGGUGAACAUGAAUAUCAUCAUUCAAGAGCUUCACGGGCGGGGUCAUGACAUCACAGUGGUGCGUACCGACACCAGCUGGUACAUCAAAGAGAACUCAGCCCAUUACACCUCGGUCACUGUCACUCUACCUGAAGGAAUGCCCAUUGUGAGCGUAGACUACAUGGCAUCAUUUGUGAGGAAGACCCUGGAGAUCCGAAGAGGAGAGGGUUCCCUGCUGGCCUUUAUUAAGUUACAAAUGGAGACCUUUGCUGCUCUCUCCUAUGCUCAUAGAAUCACCUGCCAGAUGGUGAUCACAAUGUUUGAGGAUCCGCAGUUAAUGAAGCAGCUCCUUGACGCCCACUUUGAUUUGGUCCUCACAGAUCCAGGGUUGCCAGGAGGAGUUUUGUUGGCUCACUACCUGAAACUACCCAUGGUCUUCAACGUCCGUUGGCUUACAAGUGGGGAAGCUCAUUUUGCCAUAGCUCCCUCUCCCAUCUCCUAUGUCCCGACUCCAGGUUCGGAGGUCUCUGACCAUAUGGAUUUCAUCCAAAGGACCAAAAACAUGUUCCAUUACAUCCUUAGUCUUUAUGUCGAUAAAUUCAUGGCCAGCCCCCAUUACGAUGCUCUGUGUGCUCGUUACUUUGGCCCGGGUGUGGACCUCUACAGUCUCGUCCAGUCUGCAGAGCUCUGGCUAAUAAGAGUCAACUUUGUCUUUGAAUUUCCCCGCCCCACCAUGCCCAACAUUGUCUACAUAGGCGGCUUCCAGUGCAGACCUGCCAAGCCCCUGCCACAAGACCUGGAGGAGUUUAUGGAGAGCUCUGGGGAGCACGGGGUCAUUGUCAUGUCAUUGGGGACUAUAGUCAACAGUCUUCCAAGUGAGCUAACUGAUAAGAUAGCUUACGCUUUCUCCCAACUCCCUCAGAAAGUCAUCUGGAGACAUUUGGGAGAAAGGCCUUCUAGCUUGGGCAACAAUACCCUCUUGGUCAAAUGGUUGCCCCAAAAUGACCUCCUGGGUCACCCCAAGACCAAAGCCUUUGUCUCGCAUGGGGGGACCAAUGGAGUUUAUGAGGCCAUUUACCACAGCGUGCCAAUAGUAGGGCUACCACUGAUUUUCGACCAGUUUGACAACCUGCUCAGGCUGCAGGUGAGAGGUGCAGCCAAGGUCCUGGAAGUCGCCACCCUAGGCAGUCAGGACUUCCUCCAGGCCCUACAGGAGGUGCUUGAGGAGCCAUCCUACCAGACGAACAUGAAGAGGCUCUCCAGGCUCCAGCAUGACCAGCCGGUCAAACCAAUGGACAGUGCCCUCUUUUGGAUCGAGUAUGUCAUUAGGAACAAAGGAGCCGCUCACCUGCGCACAGAGUCCUACAGAAUGCCUUGGUACUCCUACUACUGUGUGGAUGUUAUAGUGGUCUUGUUGGCUGCUGUGUUCAUGUUUUUUAUAGCUGUGACAGGGAUACUUAGAUUAUGCUGCAGGGCUUGUAAGAAGAAAAAGAUAAAGCAUCACUAAGGCAAGAUUUAUUCAAGCUUUGUAGGCUACUGUUUUUUGAAAAUAAAAUUCACCCAUGUUAACCCAU